GCGUCCCGGUGGCAACGGGCCGGGGCCGCCCCUUCCUGCUCGGUGGCGGCGGGGAGUGGCGGAGCGAUGCUGUUGGUGCUGUCGGAGGAGCAGAAGGCCCACCUGGGCUGCCUGCCGCGGGUGGGCGAGGCAGCCGUCGGCGAGCUGGGGCGCCUGGCGGUGGAGCUGCUGCGGCGGGGAGCGGCGCCGCGGGCCUGCGAGGCGGCCGCCAGAAAGCUUAACGUCGGCGUUGACACCAUCCAGCAUGGGGUGGAAGGCCUGGCGUAUCUUCUCACUGAAAGCUCCAAGCUUAUGAUUUCUGAAGUAGACUUUCAAGAAUCCAUUCAUGUUCUGGGAUUCUCAGAUGAAUUGAACAAAUUAUUGCUGCAGCUGUACCUGGAUAACAGGAAAGAGAUUAGAAGCAUCCUUGGUGAGCUGACACCAAAACUUCCCAGCUAUCACAGUCUGGAAUGGAGACUGGACGUGCAGCUUGCAAGCAGAAGUUUGAGACAACAGAUAAAGCCUGCUGUGACUAUAAAGCUACAUCUUAAUCAGAAUGAAGAUCAAACUGCCCAAGUGUUGCAAACCGACCCGUCUACCCUCCUCCACCUAAUUCAGCAACUGGAACAAGCGCUGGGGGAAAUGAAAACCAACCACUGCAGGAGGAUAGUGCGCAACAUGAAAUAGUAUUGAUUCAAGGCUGUUGUCAUAGUAAGCAGUUUGUGAAACAACUAAAAAUGAUGUUCACAAAUACAUUGUGAGGAAAAAUAAACAUCUGGAUCAGAUGAAAUGCUUUCCUGUGCCAGGAUCUUGAGCCAGUAACUAGAGGCUGAAUGUCCUCUGGUGCUAACUUUGCACCUGCCUGAUAGGAGAUGGGUAAUUGGCUUGGCUUUGCUUGCACAUGUAGAAAUUCAGCCUGCUAUGCUGAGAAUUUCUUUUGCUCUAAAUUAAUAUAGUUCUACUUGAAGAGCUUUCCUACAUUAAGUAGAGCUGCCUCAAUACUGCAUGAAGCUGCACAUUUAUUUUUACGUUUAUUAAGCAGCUUUUUUUCUUGGUUUUGCAUCUGUUUUGAAUUUUUUUUUAAGACCCUAUACUGGUGGGAAUGAUACCUUACAGGAAUGUUUCUUCCAUCUAGACUCGUGUAUGUAUAAGAGUACACGUGGGACGACUGCUCUUUUCCUCCAGAGGAUUCAGCCAACUCGAGGCUGGGUGUUGCACUGCUUUUCUACCCUUCUUGGAUAAUGAAAAAAAGUAUAACUGAGCUUACACUUCCAUUUUAAGAAAGCUAUCUAUAAACCCUGCUAGGCAGUCUACUUUCUGCGGGUAGUAGUUACCAUAGAAAACUCAGUGGCCUAAACAUAAAUUAGUGUACUGCUUAUUUCUGUAUGUCAAGGUGAUCUGAAAAAUUGUAAAAUGAUGGGCUAAGAGGCAGAUUAAAGAAUAGUGUUAACUUCUGCUGAAUCUGUUCUUCAUGUUGUGAUGCAACAAUUUUUGUUCCCCUGCUUGGAUAGUGUACUUAUAAAGGAAAGACUAGCUGAGUAUUGCAAUACAAGUAAUGCUUUUCCAUUUUUAAGGAAAAUGUCUAGCAAAGAUUAUGUCAAAAGUCACUUUUCAGUUGUAUUCUAAUGCAAUAUUUUGUAGCUUUUGUGACUAAGGUUAGAUAGUUUUACUUAUGAAUGUUUUACUGUCACUAGUGAGGGUGCAUCAUAAAUCUCUUAAAGUAUAUUGGAGAGAGCAGAUAGGCAAGAGAGAAUCUUAAUGUGGAGAUUCUGGCAAUAAGUGUAUAUUUCCUGUCUUUCAUAGAAACACCUCACAUUUCAAAUUUAUUGGGUUCCCACAUGUACAAAUGCAUUAUUUUCAUAUUGUUUUGAAUUUUUGUACUAUUUCAAAUGAAACAUGCGUAGGAGAAGUGCUUUCAUCAAUAACAUUUAGUACCACUUAAAAAAAGUCAGUUUUCUAGAAAAUGGAGGUGCUUAUUCUGUAACUGCUUUACAUGGCUUGGUGAUGGUGUGAACAAACUUAUUUUCCUCUCGCGUAUAUGACUCAGCCGUGUGUUUCAUUUACCAUCCUUAUGCGGUGAUUUUUUUUUUUUCUUCACAUAUAGUGUGUGGUAAUUAAACGUGAGCAAAUGGUACUACUUACGAUUUCUGAUUAGUAUUUUUGCAUGUAAUUGCCUAUGUUUUCAGGUGAAAUACAAGAAGAGCCUGUUUGUAGGACAGUGUUUUCUCUUUAUUCCACCUCUCCUAACUGUAGCCGUAGUCUAGAACUCAUGGCAGCAAAAUACAAGUUGUAGAUAUAAGCCUUGGAACAUUUUCAUGUCUCGUCUCACUACUGCCUUAUGAAUCUGAACGUAUUUACCUUUCUGUCUCUUAAACUUUUUUUAUAAAAGAAAACUAGUUGCCAUAGAGCUAGUUGGCAUCAUGGUUGGCAAUUUAUGUGUGUCAUAUCCUGAAGCAUGUGCUGGAAGAGAAGGGAAGGGGUUCCCUCGGUGAUCAUGAGUGAAAUGGAUAGUUUAAAGUGGAUUUUGUGAAUACAGAAUGUCAUUAGAAAGCCUGCAUAUUCCUUUUUUGAAGCUUAUUACAAUAGUGUAAAAGUAAAAACUGUGACAGUGAAUGGUCUUAUUUCCUGAAUUGAGGAACUUCCUUCCAGUACAGAGUUUCAACUGCACAGAAAAACUAAAAAUCCAACUAGUUUAAGCAUAAACUAUUUUCUUAAAAGCAGAGUUAGGCUCAGCCCUUAGCUAUACGCUUCUCAACAGAUUUGUAUCCCAGUUUAUUUUUUCCUGGUCUAAACAGCAGAGGGCAGAAAGUUUGGGUUUUUUAUACUCAACAAAGGAGAAAUUUUGCUAUACAGUAAUUUUCAGUGUUUGUCUUUCGAUAAGAAUCGUUUAUAGUCUGAAGACUUACCUUGGAAUGUAUUUCGCUUUAUCUUUUCCAAAUUCAUGAUCAAUUUUAAACAUAAAACAAUAAAACUUGCAGUUUUCAACCACUGUAAAA